UUCCGGUUUCUGAGCGGAACUUCCGGUUUCUGAGCUUUCUGCCCUCUGGCUUCAGAGUCCCCUGAGCGGGACUGAGUGCGGGGUGGGAGGGGGGCGUGUUGUGUCGUCGGUGUUUCUGCCCCGUAGACCGACCAAUGGAGCCUCCUGGUCAGUCGCGAGCUCCCGGAUCCUACGGUCCCACGGACGGGAUGGUUGACAAGCACAAGCUAGAUCAUUCAUAUGAACUGACACCAGAAGAAUACAGAGUAAGCCGAGAAUGCAUUAGAGAGAGCUUCUUAUACAGAUGUUUGCCUUUCUCAAGUUUUGCCAUGGUGAUCACCCAUAUAUUAGUUCGUAGAGGAGUCCUUACGUCUCAUCCAAAGUUCGGCGCUAUACCAAAAAUGACAUUUGCAGGAAUCUGUGGAUGGUUUGCUGGGAAGAUAUCUUACAUAAAUGUAUGCAAAGAGAAGUUUAUGAACCUAAAAGAUUCACCCUUGGGAGAAAUGUUGAGGAAUGAAUCACAAUCCAAAAGCCAGCGCUUUGAAUAUUCGCGAGCGCCCCCCUUUUCUGAAAGGCCUCCAGCCCCGGAGACAGCACCGACUCCAAGCUUCUACGAACCGGUCCCAUUUAGCUCUUCCGUGAAUGAAUCUGCUCCAAGCGGAAUUACCGACAGCAUUGCUCAAGAACCUGAGCUUCAGGAACAAGCUCCUAAAAGGAAAAGAGUCACGUACGAAGAACUCAGAAACAGAAACAGAGAAGGACAUGAGGCUGGAACAAUGCAGAGAUCUGAAAUUCGAACAAGUCCAUUACCAAUAAAGGAGAAAGCCAAGUUAAAUAAGUAUGGAGAUGUUUGGGAAGAGUGAAAAUUUUGAACUUCCACAAGACCCGUCUUUGCUUCAUUAUUUCAGCUUAAUCACUGUUGGUCAAACAGCUGAACGUUCUACUGCGAAAUGGAAAUGUAAUACCUGUGCAAUAAAGAUACAUUUGUCUCUUUUUCACA